CUUUGUGAUGUAAACAUCACUACCUUGAGUGCAUCCAAAAGUGUGUUACUAAUUUUGAUCUCGGCGCGAAAAAUUAAUUAAGAUAAUGUGAGCGGCGAGCCGAUGGCCUUUUGUAUUAAUUGUCGACCUCCCCGUACUUCUAAUUUUGUGUCACCUAAUCCGGCUAUUUUAAAAGUCUAGUGGGAAAAGUGUAAUCUUCUUUUUUUGAUUAUGUAAUGGAGAUAUUUAAUUUUGAGAAUACGCCAAAUUGUCUUUUUUCUAAUUUCGACUAAUUGAUUAUUUAAAGAAAUAUUUCGUCCGCGCGAAAUGAGACGUGCAAGAAAGGUUAAUUUAUUUAUAGUGCGUGAAUAAAGAUUUCGUGAGACAGCUUCGAUUUGUGACCGUUUUUGACUUUAUUCGCGGUUUGACAAUGUGCUGUGAUUGUUGCUGCGUUAAGACACCCCCAAUUAGACCACCCAUCGCGUUUAGCCGACAGUCGGAUGCUUUUAACUACAAAGGCGCGGAACAAAUUCGAGUUUCAAGGUUUUGCAAGGACGCGAAAGAGGGCAAUUUCGUAAGUUACCUUUACGAGGAUACAAAAACCUUAUAUGAUGGAUUUAGAAGGGGAAGUAAAGAAUCAAAUAAUGGACCGUGCUUAGGUUGGAGAGAGUCGUACAGCAAACCUUAUCAAUGGCUACACUACAAUGAAGCUUUGCUACGUGCUAAAAACUUCGGAUCCGGUCUAAUAGCUCAAGGAUUAUCUCCCGGCACAAAGACGUUCAUAGGAAUAUAUUCGCAAAACUGUCCAGAAUGGGUUAUUACGGAGCAAGCGACUUACUGCUACAGUAUGGUGCUGGUACCUUUGUAUGAUACGCUCGGUCCAGAUGCAUGUGCCUUUAUUAUUAAUCAAGCCGAAAUACAGUGUGUCGUUUGUGAAGAUGAUGCGAAAUGCCAUUUAUUGCUGGAUCGUCCUCCGUCAUGUUUAAAUAAGAUUAUAAUUUUCAAGGAUGUUAACGCGGCGACGAAGCAAAGGGCGAAAAAUAAGGGAAUCGAUAUUGUGCGUUUUACAGAUGUUGAACUACUUGGAUCUAAGUUGAAUCAUGAGGAGGUGCCCCCGAAACCAUCAGACCUAUGCACGAUAUGUUACACCAGUGGCACCACUGGAAAUCCAAAGGGUGUAAUGCUGUCGCACGAGAACGUAAUGGCGUCGGUGGCCGCAGUACUGAUGCAGUUGGGCGAUCACAGACCGACAGUGGACGAUGUUUUAAUAUCGUUCUUACCAUUGGCUCACAUGUUGGAGCGAUGUUGUGAGAACGCUAUGUAUUUAAUGGGUGGCGCGGUAGGAUUUUCUUUGGGUGAUAUACGUAGAUUAUCGGACGAUAUGAAGGCUCUCCGUCCUACAGUCACUCCUGCGGUUCCUAGAUUAUUAAAUAGAAUUUAUGAUAAGACUUUAAGUGGAGUAUCCGGUAGCUAUAUAAGGAAAUUGUUGUUAAAUAUGGCACUAAGUGCUAAGGAGGGUGAAAUUAAAAGGGGAGUUGUUCGUAAGAAUAGUAUGUGGGAUAAAGUAGUUUUUAGUAAAAUUCAAGAAGCGAUGGGCGGAAGGUUACGAUUAAUGCUCGUCGGGUCUGCACCUUUAGCCGAAAAUAUUUUAACCUUUUCUCGUUGCGCCCUCGGAUGCCUGAUCGUCGAAGGUUACGGUCAAACAGAGUGCUGCGCUCCGAUUACUUUAACCGUACAAGGUGAUCAUGUUCCUGGGCAUGUCGGACCGCCGGUAGGAUGUUGCUGCGUUAAGUUAGUCGACGUUCCUGAAAUGGAGUACUGGGCGAAAAAUAAUCAAGGCGAGAUCUGCGUUAAGGGUACCAACGUGUUUCAAGGUUAUUUUAAAGAUCCGCAAAAGACAAAGGAGGUAAUCGACGAGCAAGGGUGGCAUCACACAGGAGACAUUGGUCAAUGGCUACCGAAUGGGACAUUGAAAAUAAUUGACAGAAGAAAGCAUAUCUUCAAACUGUCCCAAGGCGAGUAUAUAGUUCCAGAAAAAAUAGAAAAUAUUUACGUACGUUCCCAUUACGUGCAACAAGUAUUUGUGCACGGGGAAUCCUUGAAGUCGUGCAUCGUUGCGAUCGUUGUACCGGAUGUAGACGUAAUCAAAAAGUGGGCGAACGAAAAUAGAAUCGUGGGAACGUUAAGCGUAUUGUGCAAUCAUCCUGAAGUGAAGCAAUUAAUUUUUGAUGACAUGCUGGCAUUAGGAAAAGAGAGCGGUUUGAAAUCAUUUGAGCAGGUGAAAGAUAUUUAUUUACAUCCCGAUUCGUUCAGUGUACAGAAUGGACUACUAACACCGACGUUGAAAUCGAAACGGCUACAGAUUAAAUCGUAUUUUACGCCGCAAAUUGAGGACAUGUACACAAAGUUGAACUAAGCUAUUGGGUAUCGUUUCAUUUGUAGCACAUGUGAUUCGCAGUUUUAUUUUAUUCGGCAAAAUGAUCACUUAAAACAGUGCCAAUGUGUUCACCUUAGUUCACCGAUUUUAUUAUUACCUCCCUAGGAUAUUGAAAUUUUAAAAAAAAUAAAUAUCAACCAACUUGUCUUAUUUGUACUGAGUUUUGUACUUACUUAUACACUGUCAAUUAACUAUCAUUUCCAUUAGCCUAAUGUAAUACACCUUGAAAAUUAAGCCGAUUGCACCAUCUACAAAUAGAUACUGCUAGUCUACUUUGAACGUCAAUUUGGGACGGCAUAUCUCAUCAAUAUUAGUGAAUUUUUUUUA